AUGGCCGCGGCUGCUUGGACGGGGACGGGGAUAACAAGGUCGUCGUCGUCGUCGGUGUUGCUGCUGCUAGUGGUGGUUGUGGACAACGGCGUGGUGCAGGUGACGCUGUCCAAGCCGCAGGGCCACAUCACCGGCGUCCGCGCUACAACGGCGAGCGCAACCUCCUGCACUUCGACGGCACCGAAAACUCAGGAGGGUGGGUACUGGGAUGUGGUGUGGAACUAUCCGGGCUCUGAUCAGCCAAGAGGAAUGAUCGAUAUGUUGGACAGUACGGAGUUCAAGGUCGUGGUUUCAACUGAGGAGCAAGUGGAGCUCUCUUUCAGCAGCACAUACACUCCGUCACGCCAAGACAGUGUUCGCCUAAAUGUUGACAAGAGGCUUGUGAUGCUGAAAGGCAGCUCCGGGUUCUACUGCUACGCCGUCUUGGAGCACGCCAGCGACUGGCCUGCUCUCGACGUCACCGAGGCCAGGCUCGCUUUCAAGCUCAACACGGACAAGUUCAACUACAUGGCGAUCUCAGACGACAUACAGAGGUACAUGCCGAGCGCGGCGGACAGGGACGAGCCAUGUGGCACCCCGCUCACCUACAAGGAGGCCGCGCUGCUGUUCAAGGGCGAGGUGGAUGACAAGUACGAGUACUCCAUGGACAACAAGGACAACGCCGUCCAUGGCUGGAUCACCGGCGGCGGCGGACACCCCAGCCCCAUGGGCUUCUGGGUCAUCACUCCCAGCAACGAGUUCAAGAGCGAUGUUUCUUGGCACAAUUACGUCGGGAACGACAUCGUGCUCAGCAUCGGCGACGGCGAGUACUGGAAGAAGGUGAUGGGCCCGGUCUUCAUCUACCUCAACUCCGGCCCCAGCCGCGGCGGCGACCUCAGGGCGCUCUGGGCCGACGCCAAGGCGCAGGCGCGGGCGGAGGCCGGCAAGUGGCCGUACACCUUCCCGGAGUCGCCGGACUUCGCCAAGGCCGACGAGAGAGGCUCCGUCACCGGCAGGCUAGUGGUCAGGGACGACACGUUCACGAGCACCUACGACGACGUUCCCGCCCCGACGACGGCGUACGUCGGGCUCGCCGCGCCCGGGCAGGCUGGCUCGUGGCAGACGGAGUGCAAGGGCUACCAGUUCUGGACGACGGCGGCGGCGGCGGACGCGUCCUGCGGCGGCGGCUUCAGCUUCACCAUCGGCAACGUCCGGCCGGGGGUAUACAGCCUCUACGCGUGGGUUCCGGGGGUCCUCGGAGACUACGUGUCCGCUUCGUCUGUGACCGUGACGGCAGGCGGCGCCGUCGUCGACCUCGGCGACGUCGUGUUCCGGCCACCCAGGUCGGGCCCGACGGUGUGGGAGAUCGGCGUCCCCGACCGCACCGCCGCGGAGUUCUUCGUCCCCGACGUGGAUCCAACAGGCUGUUCCUGA